CAAUUACACACAUAUAAAGGAAUCAAUACCCGUACAUCAUAAAGUUGUUUGUCGUUGACGAGGGAAUCGUAUCCAGACUGCGUAUCCUGCCAUUCAAUUCAAAAUGUGGAGGAAGUCGGCGUCUUUCGUGAUGGAGAAUGUCUUAGAACAACGGAAAGACAUUCGGAAAGCAGCAGGUAUGGAGGGAGAGAUGAACAAGUAUUAUGAGACCCGGGCAGGGCACCACUCCGCCGUCACUUCGGAUUGGCUGGCGCAGGCACAGGCGGCGCUUCCACGCGGCAAUUCAGAGGAACUCGACAAGGCACCUAUCGACGAAACUGCCAAAUCCUUUGACGUCAUUGCUGAAUUCAAUCACUGGAGAAAGAAGCCUCAUUUGGCGGAGGCGGUGGCUGCCAUCAUGGCCUUGGCUGCUGUCAUCAAGCGCAGCCAGGCCUCAACCAUGAUGGAGCUCGAAAUCGAGCUCAAGAACGCCUCCGACACUCUUAAAUUGUGGGAUGAGACUUCUAUUUCAUUAUCUGCUGGCUGUGACCUUUUUAUGCGAUAUGUUACUCGGACAUCUGCUUUGGAGUAUGAAGAUUUUCAUACUGCCAAGUCUCGCCUUAUAGAACGUGGAGAAAGGUUUGGAGAAAUAUCCCUCAAGGCUCGCAAAACCAUUGCAAUGCUUGGUCAGGAUUUUAUAGUUGAUGGUAGCAGAAUUUUGGUUCAUGGUUUCUCCAGAGUAGUCUUGGCAUUGUUGAAGAUGGCAUCAUCUAAUGGGAAGCACUUUAGUGUUUUUUGCACUGAAGGAAGACCAGACAACACAGGCAUAGAGAUGACAAAGGAACUUGUUGCAGUGGGUGUUCCUGUUAAACUUAUCAUUGAUUCAGCUGUGGCAUAUACCAUGGAGAAAGUGGAUUUGGUACUCUUUGGGGCAGAUGGUGUGGUUGAGAGUGGAGGUAUCAUAAAUAUGAUGGGAACAUAUCAAACUGCAUUGGUAGCUCAUAGCAUGAAUAAACCUGUCUAUGUGGCAGCUGAAAGUUACAAGUUUGCACGUCUUUAUCCUCUUGAUCAAACAGACAUGUCCCCUGCUAUGCGCUCAAUUAAUUUUGGAGAUUCUGUUCCUCCAUCAGUAGAAACGGACUCUUCUGCAAGAGAUUAUACUCCGCCACAGUAUCUUACUCUCUUGUUCACAGACUUGGGUGUGUUGACACCAUCUGCAGUCAGUGACGAACUUAUUAAGCUCUACUUGUAGGCUGUUUCAACUGAUGAAGUAUAGAGGAUUCAACAAUUAUGAGGGCAUUCAAGUUUUCUCAAUAUGCCAGGAAAUGGAGAUGAAGAGGAGCUGAGUGAUUUGCAUAUCCUACAUGGUUAUUACUACAGGUAUCUAAACAUGGCAUGGUUAGCCCUUUUUUCUUCAAUUAUAACAAGAUUGAGUCUUGGGGGCAGAUGAUUUAAGAAAGGAGCAAUUUGCAUAUAUGGUCAUUUCACUACCAUUAAACGUAGGAUUAUCCCCAAGUGAAAGAGUGUUGCAUUCGUCACUGAAGUUAUAAUUUAGUAUUUCUUGUAAAUUGAAGCAGUCAAUCCUGGGGUCUUCUCAAUCAAUGGCAUCUGUAGUCAAAAUUUACAUCACAAGGAAACCACAUGAUUGCAGACGCAUUGCAUGUACUAACGAGUACACUGUGAGAUCGAUAAUCAGAAAAAUUGUACUUGUGAAAAUUGUCAGCUUUUUAUUCAUGACUGCUUUAAGGCUUGGGUAACAUGUCACACCUUGACGUUGGCUGAUUUCUCAUUUACUUGCAACAGAUUUUUGUUUGGAAUGAAUCUUAGUGAUUAUUUCUUUACAAAAAGACAGAAAGCUAAAACAAAGUUUCAAUUUAUGUAAUUAUUAAAAGGUAUUCCAGUGAUUCUUAAGUUUAUAUGAGGAUGAAGUAUGGUGUUUUGAGGUCUUCCAGUGAUUAUUCAUAGGUUUUCUGGUGAUUAAGUGAGUGUAUACAAAGAUUGUGCGGAGUCGAAGAUGCUUUUCUUGGUUAGGGAUCUCUGCUCUGUGGUAGUUAAUCGAGGGCUACCUCCAUGGAAUUGAUAUUUCUCUGUAUCACAUGAUUCACUUUAGUUGUGAUUUUGUUAAUGUUGAUUUUUCUUUUCAAAUUC